AUGUUUGAUCAGUUUGACAACUUGGAGAAGCACACACAGUGGGGCAUUGAGUUCGUCGAGAAGUACACCAAAUUUGUUAAGGAGAGAUCAGAGAUUGAAGUCAGCUAUGCAAAACAAAUUAGAAAUUUAUCAAAGAAGUAUCAACCCAAGAAGAACUCGCGGGAAGAGGAAGAGAGCAAGUAUACCUUCUGUCGAGCCUUCCAACAAACACUUAGUGAACUGAAUGACUACGCAGGUCAGCAUGAGCUUAUAGCGGAAAACCUUACAACGCAAAUCAUUAAUGAGCUGUCAAAGUCCCUACAAGAACUCAAAAGUGAACGGAAAGGGCACUUUCAUGAAGGCCGUAAGGCACAACAGCAAAUCGAAAGUUCGUGGAAACAACUGGAAGCAUGUAAAAAACGUUUUGAGAGGGACUGUAAAGAGGCAGAGAGGGCGCAACAGCACUUUGAGAAGAUGGACGCAGAUAUAAAUGUGACUAAAGCUGAUGUUGAAAAGGCACGACAGCAAGCUCAGAUGAGACACCAGAUGGCGGCGGACAGCAAGAGCGAGUACUCCUCCUACCUGCAGAAGUUCAACCAGGAGCAGAAUGACCAUUACUACACUCACAUACCCAGUAUAUUUCAGAAACUUCAAGACAUGGAGGAGAAAAGAAUUGAGAAGUUGGGAGUGUGCAUGAAGACAUUUGCCGAUGUGGACCGCCAGGUGCUGCCCAUUGUGGAGAAGUGUUUAGACGGCAUGACGAAAGCUGCAGAGUCUGUUGAGCCCAAGACUGACUCAAAUCAGGUGGUGGAGUCAUACAAGUCGGGGUUUGAACCUCCAGGAGAUGUAGAGUUUGAAGACUAUGGACAAGCCAUGAAGAGGACGGUGUCAGAAAACAGUCUAUCCAAUUCCAGAGAGGUCAAAGAGAAAUCUACUGGCAAAAGCAAAGGCAAACUGUGGCCUUUUAUAAAGAAUAAGAACAAGUCUCCCAAGCAGCACAAGGAGCCCCUGUCCCAUCGCCUCAACGACUUCAUGACGUCCAAACCCAAAAUACACUGCCUACGGAGCCUGAGGCGAGGGCUUUCUCUCAAGCUGAUCACACUCAAUUCCCACGUCCGGAAUCUCAUUGAGGGAUCUGGGCCAGAGGACUUCAGCCAUCUCCCCCCUGAGCAGAGGAGAAAGAAAUUGCAAGGAAAGAUAGAUGAUAUAAAUAAGGACAUCCAGAAAGAGAUGGACGCGAGGGAUGGACUUCUGAAGAUGAAAGACGUUUAUGUAAAGAACCCCCAAAUGGGUGACCCAUCCAGCGUAGACCCACGGCUAGCAGAAAUUGGGCAGAUCAUUGAAAAACUGCAGUCUGAAGUUCAGAAGUUUGAGGGUUGGCUUGCAGAGGUGGAAGAAAGAAUGCCUUCCAAAAGCGAUUCAAACAGAAGAAGUGUCAUUUAUGAAACACAAAAUAACACAACAACAGUGAGCAACAACUGUGCACAAGAUAGAGAGAGCCCGGAUGGCAGUUACACAGAGGAGCAGAACUCAGAGACUCAGGUCAAAGCCAGCACCAACCUGAACCCCACGUCCUCUACACCAGACGACGAUGAUGAGUUUGAUGACGAAGAAACCCUGCCCACUAUUGGCACCUGUAAAGCCCUAUACCCCUUUGAAGGUAAAAAUGAGGGCACUAUAGCGAUAGCAGAAGGGGAGCUCCUGUAUGUCAUAGAACAAGACAAAGGCGACGGCUGGACUCGAGUGCGCAGGAAUGAGGAGGAGGAAGGAUACGUCCCCACAACCUACAUUGAGGUCUUUUUGGAAACGAAUGCCAAAGAUUCCUUGAAGUCAGCGUGAGGUUGGCUGAGGAAUGGCAGGGCAAGCAGUCUUGGAGAAAAACAAGAGCUUUCGUCAAAUUCACUUAAAGUGCACCUAACAUCUACACCUAAAGUUUAAACAAUUUCAGUUUUGUCUAACCAUUUCAAAAUUAUCAACUACAAAGUACAAUUUCUGAGAACAACAAUCUUUCUCAUUCCUAACAUCAACAGCUCUCACAAGCACAAAAUUAGCUUUUUGCUUCGCUUUAAAUGAACUAACUGCUUGCAAAUUGACCACCUCUCCCUUCGUAAACCUUUUGCUUUUUUGCACACACACUGGACAGAGGGUGUGGUUGGAGAAUGGACAAUGAUCAGCAUGGAUAUAAUAAUGAGCAACAGAAAGAAUUCAUGUACCACCUUCACCUGGCAGUGUGUUUGUGAGAAAGUCAUUCCAACCAUUAGGAUACUUAUGCACCCUGAGAUACUUCUGUUAGUUGCUGGGGCUAAUCUGACUGCAAAAUGUGCUUUAUUCAUACCACAUUGUAUAUCUUUGUUUUAAAUGGCUUACUUUGCUGCAUAGAAAGAGUUGCAGUAUGUUUGGUCAUCUGUAUUGUGACUUGAAUUGUCAUCACACUUGGUUAAAUUAAAAGUGCCAUUAAAUGUGUUUACGGUAUUUCCAAAUCCCCAAUUAUGCAUAACAUUAUGACCACUGGUGAAUAACGCUAUUAAUAGACAUUCAUUAUGCCACGUUUGGGUAGAACAUAGGCUUCAAUUUUAUAUAUUUAAAUGCUUAAAAAUAACUAAUGUUUAGUUAGGUGGUCAUAUUGUUGUGUCUGAUUGGUGCUCGUUUGUUGUUUACUAUCUUCCUGUUAAGUGUAUGGACACAGCAUAUGGAAUACAGUUAAAUGUCAUUGCAGUAGGACAUCAUGUUUGCCUGUCUGUGGUGUGUGUGUGUUCCAUUGUUACAAGAGAAUAUGAAGAUUGUCCACCACUCCUAUUGAACCCCAUAUUUUGUGUCACUUGUCUGUUUCUCUGACCACACUCCUCUUCUUUUAUACCUAUAACUAGACCCCUACCUGUUUUCACCCCUCCCAUCACAAGCUGCUACAUACCAAUUGUAGCUACUUGUACACUUCUAUAUAUUUUGCAGGGGGUCUUUCAGCAUUGUGACUUGCUGCAUGCUUGCCCUGUCUUCCUCCUUGCCCCUCUGCUGUGGCAAACCCAGCCUGUAUUGGCUCUUUCUGUUACGUUAACUCUCAUUGCCUCGUCAAGCUGUUUUAAAUUAAUCUGGAAACCACUGAUUUUGGUUCUGCGCCUGUGGAAAUACUUCAUGUUUAGUUUCAGAUGGCAUGUUUCCCUGUUCUUUUUUCCCUCCAGUGUUACACCUAUUCUGCAAGGUUGUUUUCUGUGAGGUUUUAGGCAUAAGUGGAUGUCUCUGUAUUCUGUUUUACUUUUAAGUACUCAGAAUGGUAUGUACGUAAAAUGUUAAUAUUGUAAGUUAUGAUCAGGGUGUUUUAUGCAAGUCGUUUGUAGCCACUCAGUUUAAACACAACAAAUUUAUUUUCUACUGUAUAUGAAAAUAUACUGUGAUUUCCAGUUUCCAGGAGUGACCAGAUGGAGCUCUUAGAGCCAUAACAAACAAUUUAUCACUGAGAGAAUGCAGAUACAGUACAUGGAAGGAAAAUGUGAUUUCUUCUAAACUAGUGAAAUUUUGUUCACUGAUUCUUCUCAAAGGCACAUAGAUUUUAAUCAACUUUUUAAGUUUUCUUUGUUUUUAAAUGUAUCUUUUUUUUGCCCAGAACGUACUGCCUAUAUAAUAUAAGUCAGAUUUUCAAAGUUUUGUAUUUUGGAUUAAGCCAUUAAUGUUUUCAUCAUGUUCUAUUAACACUUGUAAGAUGGAGAGGUGGGAAGUGAAAUAUUGAGCACCUGGAAGGAUCGAACAAGCCCCUGCUGUGCCAUAGAAUCAAGCUCAAUGUCUCCUAUUUGUCUUUUUACCAACCAAUGAAUAUGUCACAAUAUCAUGCAGUGGUUGAUAAUGACAAUACAUAGGUCAAAAUAUGAAGGCUACUCAACAAGACCAUGUCCCUUUAUCUAUACUCCAGAAUAACUCUGUACAAUGAAAAUGGAGGAAUGGAACCAGAGAGAGUAUAUAUAUAUGAAUAUAUAAAGUUUUAAAAGGAAACAUCUA